CAGUGAGCAACUGAAGAAGGAGUUGGAUGCUCUUCAAUGCCAUUUCACCUGGCAUUUGGGUGUAAUAGGCCACGCUGGACCUACACACGUCCUGCAGAAGCUGGCUGUUGAAAUCAAGCACACAGCCCACCAAAACGGGGCAGCACUCUUGGGACUGCAGGCAUACCUGUACCACCUGAAAGGCCAGAACAGAGAAGCUCUGCAAAGCCUUAAAGAUGCUGAAAACCAUGAGACACAAGAUGAGCAGCAGACAUCUACUGCUGGUUCUUUGAUUAUCUAUGGGAAUUAUGCUUGGAUCCACUACCUUCAGGGCUCUUACGAGGAGGCUCAAAGAUAUCUGAAACGAAUUCAGCAGCUCUGCCCCCCUCCUUUGGAUGCACGGCUGAUCCCAUACAUCCAGGCCCAGAAAGGCUGGUCCCUCUUGGCCAUCAGAGCCCGUAAUGGGGAACGUGCAAGAGAGUGCUUUGAGGUGGCAUUGAUGCUUGAACCAGAGAACACAUAUUUCCAUGCUGGGCUCGGAAUGGCUCUUUAUUUCUCCUGGAGUUACUUCUGGUAUCCUGAUAUUGCAAGGAAAGCCAUAAUCCAGUUAGAAAGAACUGUCCUUGAGCAGCCAAAUAACUACAGAGCUAAAAUAUAUUUAGCCAAGCUACUUGAACAUGUGGAUAUAAAAAGAUCAAUUAACUUGAUAGAAGAAAGUGCAGAGAAAAGCUCCGAUCCUGAUGUCCUCAGAAUUUCAGCUAUGUUCUGGCAGCGACGGUCUGCAGAGCAAACAAUCAAGAUAUUACGACGAGCCCUGCAGCAGGAUCCAGGCUACCACCUUCUCUACCAAGUCUUGGCCAAGUACUACAAGAUACAAUGGCUUAAUGCAAAGGAGGAAGACAAGAAGAAUAUAUUAGAGGCAGCCAUCAACGAGCUCAAGCAAAUUGUUCAGAAACAUCCAGACCUUGAUAUUCUGUUUGUAAAGCUGCAAUUAGCAGAGUUCUAUGGUGUAAGAGACCCAGCACAGGAAGAGAUGAUCUACAAGGAGCUGGAGGAGAAGAGGGACACCCUGAGCCCCAAAGGGUGUCAAGCCCUUGAUCUCUACUGGGGAAAAUUCUUCCUCUACAGGAAGAGAUCAAUUCAUGAAGCUAAAGUAAAGUUUAUGGAUGGUUACAAGAUUCCCAUGCUGACAGAAGAAAGGAAGGAGUGCGGGUGGAAGCUCAUAAAGAUGGCUAGGUACUGCAGCAGUGACGAUGCUGAUACUAUCUAUCGCUUCAUGCAAGAAACCGACCGCCACCUGCCUGCGGAAUUUGCUGGAAUUGGUCUAGACAGAUGGUGGGAGCCCUGGUCUGGAGAAAGCAGAGUAUUCUUUUUGCAAAGCUAG